AUGAUUUCGAAAUCUGAUAAAGACACUUUAAUUGAUAUGGGAUUUCCACCAAAUAAGGUGGAAAAAGCAAUUAAAGCUACAAAUGGUAUAGGCUUACAACCAACUAUGGACUGGUUGCUAGUUCAUCCCGAUGACAACGACAAUAAAAAUAAAGAUAGAUGCGAAGGUAGAGGUGUAAACAAUAACAAUAAGUCAAAUGAUGGUUAUGGAAAAAUAAUUACCUCUAGUAAUAGUAGUAUUAGUGGUGGUGAUCAUGAAUUGAUGAUUAAAAAAUCUAUAAUACAUGUUCUAUCAGCAGAUACUAAUAAUAAUACAACUACAACAAAAACGAAUGACUAUUCGGAAACAAGAUUACAAUUGAUUAUGCCAGAUGGUACGCGUAACACACAUACAUUUAAAUCUACUGACGCUUUAGAAUUGGUCUAUGUAUUUAUUGGUGAACAUAUUGCUUUUCCGUUUCAUUUAAUGACAACUUUUCCAAGGCGAGAAUUAGACGGUAGCGAAAGAUCCAAAUCUUUAAAAGAAUUAAAUCUUACACCAUCUGCUACCUUAGUAGUAAAUACUUUAUGA